GGUUUAUUUAUUUCUUUUUUUGCUAUUUAUGCCGUUGCACCGCAGUAACUUUUGACAACGAUGAUGGAAUGACUAGCUUAUAAAAAGUGAAGCAAAAGACGUUUCAUUUAGUGUUGCUCUUUUCAUCGCCCCUUUUUAGAGACCAAUGUCCUUUGCUACGUUCCCUGCUGCACUUCCCUACUUUGAAGAACUCCAUGAUUCAGCUCUUUUAGAUAAACUUAUAUCAGGAUUAGGUCAAGUCAACGAAAAAGACAGUAUCAUUAUCGCUGAUUUAGAUCAUUUGUCAAUAGCAACGGAGACUGGAAAGGCAAGCAAGGAAGCAAGCAGCCACCCUUUCAUGGAAGCAUUUGAUGAUUUCGCCAACCGUACAUAUACAAACAACGGAGGCAUCACCCACGCUUCUACGAAGGAUGUUCUUUUGGACCUCUAUUAUGGCAUUGAAUUAGUCAAGCGCAGCGAGACGCACAGGUUGUUAGAACAAGCGUGGGCGCAGGAUGCCAUGACCACGCUCCAUAUCAUCUUUUAUGCGCGCUCCAUUCAUCGUGGCAAAUCCCUCAAAGGCCCUUUUUUCAAUGCUUUCUGUUGGUUGCUUCUACAUCAUCCUCGUACGGCUCUCGCCAAUUUGUCUAUACUUGUGGAGGGUACGGUAAGAACGGAGGCUCAACUUCAGCAUGAGAAAAAGAAAAAGAAAAAAGACAAGGCCAGCUCUCAGGAGGAAUGGGAAAUGGUGAACGCUGGUGAUGAUCAUGAGGAAGAAGGACAAGCCUAUGAGCUGCUGAAGCAUCGUGAUUUCAAGCCGCACGGCUAUUGGAAGGAUCUUUGUACUCUGCUAACCAUCUACUGUCAAGAUGAAGUCAACGGACCCAAAAACGAUGAAUACCUCGCUCUUCACUGGAUCCAUCAAAGUAACCAUACCUUGGGCCAUGCGGAUCGGAAAAAAGUCCGACAGCAACGUAAACAGCGCUAUGAACGUCGCAAGAAAAUGGCACCUGAUGCAGCAGCUCGAGACAUUGCCAAAAGGACGGAAGCCAAGCUAGCACAAGAUAAAAUCAGCCAGGCGGAAGCAAGACGUAAGAAAUUAGACACGCGUAUGCAAAGAAAUGAAAAGGUGUGCGACCUCUUGACGCAUGACACAGUGUAUAGAGCGCUGCAUUUCACGAUUGCCCGUUUGUUUGCGGAUCAGCUGAAAGAAGAUAUGACGCAGUUGCAGAAGAAUAAAAGUAGAAUGGAGGCAAGUGUCGGCUUCUCCAAAUAUGCUUUGGGUUAUAAUUUGAGCUUGGCGGCGAAAUGGGCUCCUUCUCUGUCGCUCUCCCAUGACAAGCAUACUUUUUUGGCGACGUCAAUAGCCGAGAUACUCUUUCCACCAAAGGAGCAUCAAGGAAAAGAAGAGAGCCGUGUUCAUUAUUUGAACCGAGUCAGAGAUAGGUAUCGUAAGCAGUAUUUGGUACCCCUUCGUGAAGCAUUGGACUUGACCGAGCAUUAUAUGCAAGAAGGAAAAUGGGAAAAGGUAGACAUUCGGCAUAUGCCCUCUGUUUGUUUGGAUAAGAAUAUGGGGCUGUUCUUUAAACACGCUCCUGACGUUGUGACAAAGUACAUGCAAGAAGUAGCUCAAGGAAAGAAGAAGGUGAGCGGGGCUACAUUGGGUCCUCAUGAAUUGGUGCACCAAGUGCAAACAGGCAAUGCGUCCGCACAAAAGCAGAUGGUGAACGGACAAUGGGAAACCCUUAUUUCCUCCCUUCGAAAUACUUCCCUCUUACAGCAGCAGCCAGAGAACGAAGAAGGCAAGGACAGUCAGAUGAAGAAAAAGAAAAAAGCAAAGCGUGUUGAUUUGGGCGAAUGUAUUGCUGUAUGUGAUGUCUCCGGCUCAAUGUUCUGUAAUUAUAGUACGAAACCUGAGAAUGCACCUAUCUAUGCAGCGAUCGGACUAUCACUUGUCAUUACGAAUCUUGCUAAACCGCCUUUUCAAGGAGGCAUCAUUACGUUUUCAGCCGAGCCUGAACUUUUUCAUGUAGAUACCAACAAGCCGUUCAGUGAACAGGUCGAGACGGUUCUUCAGAGCAAUAUGGGUUUCAACACAGAUAUAGGCAAGGUAUUUACUGAUGUCUUGUUACCUAUGGCUAAAAAGCACAAGCUCGCUCCUGAAGACAUGGUGAAACGUCUGUUUAUUUUUUCUGAUAUGGAGUUUGAUGCUGUCGAUAACGGAAUGGAUAGGUUCAUGACAACUCAUGAAUUUAUUGCCAAGCAAUUUGCAGAAGCCGGAUACGAAGUGCCUGAGUUGGUUUGGUGGAAUUUAGCGCUUGCACAGGUGUAUUCGUCAGCGGGUGGAGCGGUUCGAAUGAAUGCGCCUGUAACAAAAGAGGAUAGUGGAGUAGCGUUGCUUUCAGGGUUUUCGUCUGCUAUGGUAAAGACUUUCCUCGACGGUGAAGUAGAUGAUGACGACGACAGUAUGGAGGAGAAAGAUGAUGAAAGCAAUCAUGCGGACAAACCGAAGGAAAAGAAAAAAAUGACACCCAAGGAAUUCUUGUUGAAAGCUGUAUACCAUGAAAGUUUCAAUGGCCUUGUCGUUAUUGAUUAAUCAACUUUUAUUAUACCCUAAUUUUAUACAUAAAAUUUUAAUCACCGCUAUUCGUUCUCAAUUUAAAAGAGAGGGGUUUUUUUUUCAAAAUGUAUACUUUUACCCAUUUGGAAAAAUUAGCAAUUCUAUUGUGUAUAUGUACAUGUACAUUUCAUGAAUAAUGCAGGGCUUCAAAGGAUAAUGGACAUCUUACAGUAUUGUAACUGAUAUUUUAGAUGAAAUAUAUUUUUUUGGACAAUUAAUAUUUUCAUUUUAGACAAGUUGCAAUUGUGUUGUAGACGAAAAUAUAAACCGUUCAAACAAUGAUUCAAAUUCAAAAACUUGUCAGUAGUGCGAAAC